AUGGCACCUCUUCCUCUCCCGAAUUUAGUCUCCUUUACCAAAACGUGGCACAACGAACCAUACCCUUUGAUCUCCCCUACAAGACCCGAGCUGUCAGCGCAUGGGAAGAACGUUGUCAUUACGGGCGGCAGCCAUGGAAUUGGCAGAGCCAUUGGUGUUGCCUUCGCUCAAGCCAAUGCCAAGUCUGUCGCGAUCAUUGGCAGGAGUCGCGAACGUCUGGAAACAGCAGCAACGGCGAUACGCACUGCCAAUCCGUUAACCACUGUCUUGCUCCAAGUUGCAGACACUACACAACGGGAGUCGAUCACCAAAGCUUUGAACAGCAUUGUUGAUCAAGCUGGCAAGAUUGACAUCUUUGCUGCCAAUGCUGGAAUACUUCCCGUGUACGGUCCUGUGAUGGGAUACCCUGAAGAAGAACUUCUUCGAAGCCUCAUGAUCAAUACUGUGGGUGCUUUUAACUCGAUACAAGCGUUUCUUCCGCUGGCAGCACCAGGAGCCAAACUCUUCAACACGAGCUCCGGGAUAGGCCAUUGGCAGCCGAAUGACGCAGUUACGGGCGACUUUGCCUACUCAGUUGCAAAAGCAGCAGCGAUCAAGAUGUUUGACUACACUAACAACUUGAUCUUAGUGGAAUUACCUGCCCAUUUUGUGGUCUGGCUUGCUUCCAAAGAAGCAGAGUUUCUCAAGGGAAAGUUCGUUUGGGCAAACUGGGAUGUGCAAGAACUCAUGGCUCGAAAAGACGAGAUCAAGAAUCCCAUGCUUCUCAAGCUGUCGCUGAAUGGGGUUGAUAUGUAG